AUGCACCCAUGGGAUGAUGGGACAAUGAUGGUUGGCACGGGUGGGCUCUACGCUCCGACCAUUCGCCAUCACGACGGUGUCACCUAUAUCAUCUGUACAAAUAUUAUUCACAAUUCCUCCAAUAUCGGGGAUGAGUAUAGUGAACAGUUCAUCAUUCACACCAAAAACAUCCUUUCAGGGGAAUGGUCCGAUCCUAUUAUUUUCCCAUUUCCAGGUAUAGACCCCUCUUUACUAUUUGACGACGACAGAGUAUACGUACAACUCUGCAAGACAGGUCCGGAUUUCGAGAUUUUCAACCUGGAAAUUGACAUCGAAACUGGGAAAAUACUUACAGAGCCAGCACUCAUCUGGACUGGUUGGGCGAAGAAAUAUACCGAAGGGCCCCAUAUCUACAAGAAGGACGGCUGGUAUUAUCUUCUGUGUGCUGAAGGGGGCACCUUUCGUCACCAUAUGCUCAGUAUAGCUCGGUCAAAGAGCGUUUGGGGCCCUUUCGAAAGUCAUUCUAAGAACCCGCUGUACACUGCAUAUGGAACAACCCAAUAUGUCCAGAAUACAGGUCAUGGUGACUUAUUCCAAGAUCAACAAGGGCGAUGGUGGGUGGUCAUGAUCGGAGUGCGAUUAUUAGAAGGACGGUCUAUCAUGGGCCGGGAGACAUUCCUGGCCGCCGCCGAAUGGGAAAGUAAUGAAUGGCCUGUUAUCAAGGGUGUCGUGGCCUCUCGGGGGUCUCCGUCGGUCAUCAAUUCGAACUCUCUAUACCUGUCACCUGAAGUUUCAUGGGUGUACUUGAGAGAUCCGAAUCUAGAAGAUUAUCACAUGUCCGAUAACCGGAUUAAGAUCCGUGCUAGUCCUGCUGGGCUCGAUGAGGUUCAUCGAGCUGUCACUUUUGUUGGCCAGAGACAACGAAAGCUUGUUGGGAUCGCAACCGUUAUAUUGGCGAAUCCUCGUGCGACACGGCACGUUCGAGCAGGGUUGGCGCUCUAUAAGGAUGAGCAUCGCUUCUUAAGCAUCACCGCGGAUUUCGAAGAGCAAAGUGUUAUCUUUGAGGGAAUGAACCGAGCACAAUCAUAUCAAAAAAAUCUCGUGCAAAAGACUUCAUUGGACGAAUACAUAACAUUAAAAAUCAUUUACACGGAGGAAACCCUCAGUUUCGUCUUCGAAGAUGGUCAAGGAGGCUCAGAAUGCAUGCAGAAGGUCGAUACAGCAGUAAUGACAGACUUCGACUUUACCGGCCCGGUGAUUGGGUUGUUUGCAACUGGUGAAGAUGUUGAAGUCGAAUUCUCGGAUUUUGUCGUGGAUGUUGAAGUCUCGAAUGUUGAGUUGCCGUUAUAG